UUCAAAAUACAAACGAGGCCCGAGCAGUUCAGUGCGACUGGGUCCGCACUCCGCAGAGCAAUGUCUAGUUCGAGGUUUAUCUUCAGAAACGGUACGGUGCUCCACACCUCCGACGCCACCGCUCCAAUCACAACCUUCCUCGAGUCUCAUCCAGGCGCUUAUACGACCACUCGUACUCACAACACUGCUUCGUGCCUCUUGUUCUGGGAAAGGCACGUUAAUCGACUUGCCGAAUCGAUCCGAAUUCUAUCGAAUUCGGCUCCGAAACUUUUAUUCCAACCGAACAACCCUCGACUUUCUUUGCCAGUGACUUCGCCGAUGUGGGAAUCGGCUGUUCGGGCGCUUGUGGACGGCUCGAUGAACAAAGCGUUGCCCAUUGCAAUGAAUGAGAGGAGCGGUGGGGAGGAACUGUCCGUUACGGUGCUUGUUUGUGGGAGCUCGGGUAGAUUUAAUGGAUUCGAGUAUGUGGAUGAAGAAUUGAUGCACGAAGCUCUUGAUGUGUAUGUUUCUGUUGGGUGUUAUGUGCCUCGUGCCUUCGGUGUUCGAGGAAAUGGCGCACGCCUGGCCGUGGUUGGUCAGGGGAGGGAUGUCGCGAAUGCUAAGUAUUCAGAUUGGGUGAGACUUAGGAAGCCCCUGGAGAAGUUGAGGCCUCCUUCAGUGACCGAGCUCCUGUUGUCGAAUGAUGGUGAUCAGAUACUGGAAGGUUGCGUGACAAACUUUUUUGUUGUCUGUCGCAAGGAUAACGAUGAAGCCAAGGGGACUUGCUUGCAUGAUCAAAAUAAUACACGUGCUUUCGAAGUACAGACAGCUCCUAUACAGGAUGGUGUCCUUCCAGGAAUUAUUCGCCAAAUAGUGAUGGAAGUAUGCUUGAGCAAGGGAAUCUCAUUCCGGGAAGUUACCCCUUCAUGGUCAAAACAUGAAAUUUGGGAGGAGGCGUUCGUCACAAGUAGCUUGAGACUUUUGGAACAUGUGGAGACAAUUCAAGUUCCAAGUUCAUGGAAGUCACUUAAUUCAAAAACUUGGGAGGAGAUAUCGUGGGAACAGAAGCAGUUUGAGCAGGAGGGUCCUGGGAUGAUCACAAGAGUAAUCCAGAAAGGGAUCAUGGAGAAAGCAAAUCUGGAAGGGUUCCCAAUAGGUGAUGCUGUGUGAAAUGUGGAGCCAUUUUGUUUACAAUGUCGUCUUCUCAAGCGCAAACUGUGUCAUCUUUCUGAAGGAACCAAUGACUUGAUUGCCUUUUUAGUAUAUAAAUCUCAAGUCUACCUACCAAAAAAAUAAAUAAAUUUCAGGUCUGUAAAAGGUCUAGAGCUCGUUUCAGCUCCACCAGCCUCCGAACAAAGGUCCCAUGCUUUUUUGUCCAUGCUGGCCGGAACUAGCUGUGGAGAGAUCAGAGAUUUUUGAAUCUGCCAAUUAUUUGGUUACGGUUCAGAUGGGAUGAGA